AUGCGCCCUGAGCUCGAGGUGGAGAUCGUCAGCGACGAGGAGAUGGCCAUCAUAGAGGCCGCGCUCGCCGCCGCCGCCGCAGCGCGGCCCCUCCUCUCCUCCGCCGCCGUCCGCGGCGCCGCCACCCUCUCCUGCGCGGCCUUCCCGCCCGCCGGCGACAUCGAGGACUCCGCGCCGCCGCCGCGGAGGUCGCUGCUGUCCCGGUUCCGGGAGCGCCGGGCCCUCUCCGUCACCGACAUCACCGCCACGGAGUGGUGCGACAAGCAGAUGGAGUUCGUGCUGGAGCACGGCAAGCCGGAGAGGACCGAGGCCAUGAAGGCCGGCUCUGACCGCCACGCCCAGCUCGAGCAAGAGGUUAUUGAGAGAGUCGAUAUUGCCGUUAGAUCUGCAGAAGAAUCGUGGGCAGUCAAAUUCAUGAACUUUAUCAUUGGAUCAAACCAAUUAUUGUUCAACGGCAUGACACGUGAACUUCCAGUGAUUGGGGUUGUUGAAGGUUCAUGGAUGGUAGGAAUUAUUGAUGAACUCCGAAUGCCUAUGGAUGGAAUUUCUUUUCAUCCAGUUCUAGUGGAUACAAAGACACGUUUCAAAGCAACAAUUCCCUCGGAAGCACAGAAAAGAAAUGGAAGGCUUCAGCUGAUGUGUUAUAAGAUUACGUGUCAUACACUGUCACAAUCUCAAGAACAGCUGAUCUUGAGAUAUGAACUGCAGGAAGAUCAUUCCCUGCUAGAAGAAUACCAGUUCUCUUAUGAUGCUCAGUGGUUCAAGGAUCAAAUCCAAGAAGCCUUUAACUUCUGGCGGGGGGCACGAGAACCUAAAUAUGUGACUGAAGAGGAGGGUUGGAAAUGUAAAUUCUGCAAAUUCGCACCGAGUUGCCCGAAGAUGCCUUCCACCUCAAGGUGUUGA